GUAUUAUAACCUAAAAAUAUCUUGUUAUUGAAAUAAAUCAAUUCUUGAUAAAACUAAUUCAAUUAAAUUUGUUAUUAUUAUUAGAUAAAUUAUUAGAAGCAAUCAAUGGCUACAUUAGAAGAUAAAAUUCUUGGUGAAAAAGCUCAGUACUAUUGUAGUAGCAGUGAGGAAAGUGAUAAUGACCAAAAUGAUGAUGAUGAUGAACCAAACAAACCCCAAAAGGAAGUUGAAAGUGCUGAACUUCCAGAUAUUAAUAAAUGGGAAGGAACUUCUACAAACACUGGACCAAAAGGAGUAAUAAAAGACUGGCAGAGAUACAAACAGUUGGAGAAUGAAAAGAAAUUUGAAGAUGAAACUGAAAAGAUCGAAUUGAUGAAAAAACUAACAUUAACUGUAAGGACAUCAUUAGAUGAAGAAAGAGAAAAAGCUGCUUUAGAAGAUCCUGAGUUAGCUGAGUUACUUAAUGAUGACUUUUUAAUUGCUUAUCAAAAGCAGAGAAUGCAAGAGAUGAUUCAGAAUACAAAUUAUAAUUUUAAAUUUGGUGAUCUCAUUUUUCUACAAAACGGACAAGAAUUCCUAGAUGCAAUUGACAAAGAGCACAAAGCAGCCACUAUCAUUAUUCACAUAUAUGAAGACACAGAAGCAUGUAGGACCAUGAAUGUCUGCCUUAAGUCUCUUUGUAAAUUAUAUGUUAAUGUCAAAUUUUGUUGUAUAAAGGGUUCUGCUGCUGGUAUAAGUCAACAGUUUAAAGCUGAUGGUGUGCCAGCAUUAUUGGUGUAUAAGGCAGGGAACCUUGUUGGAAACUUUAUAAGGUUAUCAGAUGAACUUGGAUCGAAUUUCUUGUCAGAAGAUGUCCAGAAUUAUUUGGUCGAACAUGGGUUACUAGAAGAUAAAUCAUGCACUCCUAAAUUGGUCUCCAGCACUGAUAAUACUGUUGACAGUGACUGAAAUGCAGAUUGGAAACAUGAGUACUGGUACACUUCUCUUCAAAUGUAACAAAGAGACAACAUAGUAAUCCGAUCUUAAGUUAGCAUAACCAUAUAUAAUUUUUUGACAGCUGUGCUUUAAAAAUGUGUUUGAAGAUGAUCCGUAAAUUUGUGCCAUAUUGGAAACUAUUAGAAAUUCGUGUAUACAAAUUUUAUACAAGUGUAUACAAGGAUCGCAAUCCUCAUUUUUAAGCAUAUGUGUAUAUUUCACAAUGACAAUGAAUUGACCAAUUAUCUGCAUUCCAUUUCAUAUUGAAUAUGGUUAUUUAUUAUAUAUUUUAUUGAAUAUGAAUGAUAACAUUUUUUUCCAAUAGCUUUGAAGACCUUUAAUAAUGAAACAUUUCCCCCCACUAAUUAAUUAUAAUGAAAAAAUUGGCUUUCGUUACUUUUUAAAUCCCUAAAGUAGUUUAAGCUUAUUAAUUUGAAUUUAGAUUUCUUCAGAACCAUUAAAAUUCUCGUUAACGUAUAUAAGUAAAUAGUCAUUAUCAUUCUCUUUGUAUUUAUCCUCAGGCCCGUCAGUUUACUUAAUUAUAUUUACAAGACAACAAAGUAAUAGGUAAGUAUAAGGUAAUGUGGUAGAUUUUAGUUGGAACGUUGUACAUCACUCCAAAGAUGUUAUGAAUAUCCAUUGAAAUCCUUAUUUUCGUACUGAUUCGAUCCGAGAGCCUUGUUUACAUAUUUAUCCACACUGUCAGUAGCGCAGCGGUAACUAUUCGGUGCCGUUAAUUAUAUAAAAAGCAUAAUUAUGCUACUGUCCAGCUUUUCGGAUACACUCAGCACAUGCCACAUGCGCGAGGCUAUAUCUUCCUAGGUGGUGUUUACUAUACACCGAUGCCUGCCGACCGAGCUACUACACUUGGCCGGGAGCCAAGAACAGUUGACUACAUAGGAUAGUUCCAUCGCCCAAUUUUGUCUGUCACUUUAACACGCGGCUGUGACGUAGGUGUGGGGAUGACAAGCAAUUAUCGACCUUAUUGUUACUAUUAAGUUUUAUGGAAGAUGAGCCUAAUUUGAGAUUUAAAAGUUUAAAACGAAAAAUUUACGUUUUGUUUUUGUAAAUAGAUGGCAGAUAAUAAGAUUUUUGACAGUACCGAAGACAUUCAGAGUUAUAAAUUCUUAAUGAUCUGUUUUACAUGGCAAAUAAAAUGCCAUGUAAACCACAAAUUAAUAUCCAAAAACAUUUGAUGAUAAAUAAAACUAUUCAAUACUGAACUAUUUAUUUCAUAAACAUACAUAGGUAAAACUAAACAGUAUACAAUACUAGGAUACUUUAGAAACAUUCCCUACCGAACAAUUUUAUUUAAUUUUCUCAUUUUUGACCUAGUUGAAUCCAACACAGAUAAGUUUUUUCGCUUCAAAUUUUCAGCUUCCUUGGAUUUUAAAUUUCUAUAAUUUAUUCUUAUUAUUGUUCUAAGUUUACAAAAGUUUUUAAUAAGAGUAUAUGGCAACACUUUUUCUUUUUUUAAAAUUCUCUUUGAAAUGUUUCCAACAACUCCAUUAUUUUUCCUAUAGGUAUGAAUAUAUUUUUCGUAAUAUUUAUUCCAUAAUUUUAUUUUUAUGAACCACUCAUCUGUAGGCUUGAUAAGACCUCCAUAAGAGAGUUGCUGCACCCAUGAUGGUAAACUAUAACUAUGUUCACUAACUUUGUAUGUGAAAUUACCUAAAUCAGGCAAACUAUCUUUAAAUUUUUUUGCUAAAUACCCAGCGAUGUGUUCUAAGGCAUCUUCUGUAGUUUCCUGCAAAUCAUUGACAACACAAUAUGAGGUGCCAGACUGAUUCGAAGAUGAUUCUUGGGAAGAGAAAGAACUGCUAUUGUUACAUUCAUCAGGUUCUUCUAUUUGUUCUUGAGGAAUUUUAAGAUUAGCUUUUUGGAAUACUUUUGGACUAAUAUAUUGAUCCACACUUUGUUCAACUGUGUUAACAGCAGCAUCAAAAAUACCAGGGUUUUUUCCUAGAAGUAUCAUUCGAAUUCUGUGGAGUGCUGCUAAUGGACUAGGAUGUUCAUCAGGACCACCUCGAUGCCUAACUUGGAAAAAGAAAUUUUCUAAAGAAUCUUGAUUGAGUCUAUGUGUACAUAUAUAUUUAAUAUCAAAAGCUUGUUUCAUAUCAACAAAUAACUUUUGUAAAGAUUUCAUUGAUAACACCAUUCCUUUUUGAAAAAUUUGCAAAGUAUUUUUACCAAGAGCUUUCAUUGAAGAUAUUAAAUUUAUCAUUUUGUUAAGAUGUUCAUUUUGCAUGUUCAAAUGAAUUCCAUAAGCACUUUUAGAAGGAACUGUUCCUUGUGGUGUAUAACUAUUGAAUAUAUCAAACCAUAAAUUUACAUCAGCGAUGAAAUUACCCAAAUUUUCGGCUAACUGUUCAUUCCCAGGUUUAUGUCUCUUAAGAGCUGUUGCAACAGUAUUAGACAAAAGCUGAGCAGCGAUUCGAACAUUCUGUCUCUGAGAUUUUUCACAUUCAAUGUGUUUUUAUUAAUUUUCCAACACUGAUUAACCUCUUGGUCAGUACAAGCAAUUAAAGAUUCUAAAGAAUUUUUGAUAAUAACAGUACCAUCCUCUAAUUGAAAACCAACAUCUAGUAGCCAGUUUCGUAAGAGUUUUAAUAAAUGUGGGGCAUCUGCAAACAUAUAUACAUUUUGAUCAGUAUCAGGAUGUUUGAAAAAUGUUUUAUCUACACUAACUCCAAGUUCUUUCCACAAACCAAUAUUUGAAGCACCACAAUCACUAACACCAGCAACCACGUUAUAUGAAAUGUUAUGAAGUUCCUUAAUUAUUUCUAUUAAUAUUCCAGCUGUCAUUUUUUGGUCAAAAUUGAUAUACAUUGGUUGUUUCCAAGAAGCAAAAAGACCUCUAAUCAUAACUACCUGCAUUUGCUUGUGUGGACCCAAAAUUCUAUCUUUAGUAAUGUCAUACUCUUCAAUAGAUUUUAUUUUCACUUCAUCGAAUUGCAGCACAACAGUCUUUUCCAUAGUCGUAAAAUUUUCCCCAGCCAAUUUCAUCAUUAACAAUAUGUCUUUCAAAAGGCCUUCACUAACACUAAUCUUAGAAGCCCACUUUCUUAAAGAUGAGAAAGCAGGUAGAGGAUAUCGCAAAGAAUUUUUUAAAUAGAGGUAACUUUUCUUACUGUAACACCUCAGAGUAAAAGCUCGAGAUAUUUCUUCUGUAUUCCAACGAACUUUCUUCUUUUUUUCAGAAAGAAGUGCAAUUUGGUUUGUGGUUAACACUUUACUUAACAAAUUUUCAGCAAAAAUUUCAGAUUUUUUUGAUUUUUUCUGAACAUUCAUAUUUUUUGCUUUAAAAUACCUCAACUGACUUGUUAAACUUUUUAUUUUCAUUUGACUCUUUUUCUUCAAAUUGGAAUGAUCAGCUAUUAAUUUUUCAUACUUGCUUAAUAAUUCUUUGUAUUUUGCUUCAAAAUCUACUUCAGGCUUUAAAUCUAUAUUGUCACCAGCUUGUUCAAAAGUUACUUCAGAUUCAGUAAUUGUAUGUUCAUGUUGAUUAGAUGCAAUAUUCAAAAUAUUUGAAUCAACCUUUGUAAUUUCUGCUACAAGCUGCUUUCUGUUUCUAACAUCUAAUCUACAUUCACGAGUAAAGAUAGGUGUGUCAAAGGUAUGUUUAUAUAAACAAAGUGUUGGAACUGCAGUUUUCUUCAAAAGGCGUUUAGUAGGUAAACCUAAAAUAAGUUAUGUUAAAAAAAUUUUAUAGCCAUUAUUUUUUUACCAUUUUACCUAAUAAUUCAUUUUGUAGAUCUCUUUCAUAGUCAUUGUUUGUAAAAUGAACAGCAUAUUCUACUAGAAUCGGGAUUAAAAUUAUCAGCUCUUCUGCAUCGGUUAAUCCAUUCAGCCCUUAUAGUUUUCGAUACUAAAUCCUUUCCUUUUGGAAAACUAUGAAAAAUAACAGGCAUAUUCUUGGUUUUCACACUCUUAAAAUUAUUAGAACCAUAUAUGGCACAUCUAUUUACACCCAUUUUGUUUAUACAAGUAAACUGAUAUAUAAACAAUAAUUAAAUACUGUUAUAAGGCCGUUAAAUCGCUAAUACAACAAAAAAAUUGGCAGCAGACACAACUAUCCCAUAUAAAACAAUAAGAAAUGUCAACCACGAAUCCCCACGCCUACGUCACACUCAACACAACGCAUUUCUUACAUUAGAGCAUAGGACAAAAUCAAUCCUAUCUGUUUAGUGUCCUUGGCCAGGAGCUAUCUGAAUGUUUUGUGUCCGUGGCAUCAGAUACCAAAAAUAGAUUUCCCCCGCCAUUUGCCUGUCUAUGGUCUAAAUCUAACAAGAAGGCACAAGAAGAAAAGAUUAAACAAUCAGACACCUAGUGGAACGAUGAGAAUUGAAAGCAUACCGAGGAGGUUCACAGGCCUUUUUCACUAUUACCUACUAUUUUAUAUGUUUUUAUACUUGUCUUACAUUUGGUUUAUACUUAUUUUAAAUUUGAUCUCUUUAUUCGACGAUUAUCUGUUAUAUAUUGUUUUUAUCUCUCAUAUUCACGUAGUAAGCAUCGUGAUAGACCCUCACAGAUGUUAAGUUUUACACUAUUACUGUAUGGUUAUGCUAAUAUUAUAAGAAUCGAAAAUAAUACAACUCAAAAUAAGUCUGACUCGUGUUCGCUUUUUACUGAAUGUAUUUAUAUUACUUAAAAAUAAAACUCAGAGGAAACUUUUAGAUACU